GGUCAUGAGAACCAGCCAUCAUCAAAGUCACCAACCUCUAUAAUCCAUUAACAUCUCUCUCUUGGGAGAGAGAUCACAUCCACAUGACUAGUGUCUUUCCCUUUUUGGGUUUAGUGAAAAUCCAAGUAUUUUUUCCUUCUUUUUUCAAAUUAAAUCAAGGCACAUUUUGAUUUCCCUGCCACCACCUCUUCUUAUAUCUGCACACCAUCCCCCCACAAUUCCAUUACCCACAACACCUCUCUCUUUUUCUCUCUGAAGUUCUGAUCGCUCUGUGUGUGUCUGUCUCUUUGCCCCUGUGGUUUGAAUUGAAAGAAAUGGGUGAUAUCUCUUCUGGUUCCAAUGGCAAUGGUAAUGGCAAUGGCAAUGGAGUCAAUGGAAAUGGCCACUGUGCAUGGCAGGGUGGGUUCAGGAAGAGUUGUUGGUAUGAAGAAGAGAUUGAGCAGGACUUGAGAUGGUGUUUUGCUCUCAAUAGUAUUUUGCAUACAGGGGCUAGUCAGUACCAGGACAUAGCACUUCUGGAUACAAAGCCAUUUGGAAAGGCUUUGAUCAUUGAUGGAAAGCUUCAGAGUACAGAGAUAGAUGAAUUCAUCUACCAUGAAUCACUUGUUCAUCCAGCACUUCUUCACCACCCAAAUCCAAGCAGCAUAUUUAUUAUGGGAGGAGGUGAAGGCUCCACUGCAAGAGAGAUCCUAAGAAACAAAUAUGUUGAGAAUGUGGUCAUGUGUGACAUCGAUGAGGAAGUAGUGGAUUUCUGCAAGUCAUACCUGGCUGUAAACAGAGAAGCUUUCUGUGAUUCAAGGCUUCACCUUGUUAUCAAUGAUGCCAGGGCUGAGCUUGAGAAAAGAGGAGAUUCCUUUGAUGUGAUCAUAGGAGACCUCGCAGACCCAAUAGAGGGAGGACCUUGUUACCAACUCUACACUAAAUCCUUCUAUGAAUCCACUAUUAAACCUAGACUCAGUGAGGGUGGCAUUUUUGUCACUCAGGCAGGACCAGCUGGUGUGUUCAGCCAUACUGAGGUUUUCUCUUGCAUUUACAACACCAUCAGACAGGUUUUCAAAUAUGUUGUUCCUUACUCAGCUCAUAUUCCUUCCUAUGCUGAUACUUGGGGAUGGGUCAUGGCAUCGGAUUCGCCAUUCACGGCGGAUGCUGAAGAGUUAGAUGCCAGAAUCAAGCAGAGGAUCAAGGGGGAGAACCGAUACCUUGAUGGAAAAACUUUCAUGUCAGCUUCAAUCUUGAGCAAAGCUGUUAGAAAAACACUAGCCAAGGAGACUCAAAUAUACACAGAAGGAACAGCAAGGUUCAUCUAUGGCCAUGGAACUGCUCACAAAUCCAAUCAUCACUCUUAAGAGAGAUCAAGCACAAACCAAAUAUUGAACCUUGCCCUUCUUGCUUCAUCAUCCUUCAUUCCCCCACUCCAUCUCCACAUUUUUUUUUUUUUUUUUUGCUGUUUUAAACUUGAAUGGAAAGAUACAAUGGCAGGCCCCCAAUUUAUAAGUUUUGGCAUUUUACACAAUAGGCCACUGUUAAUGGCUUGUUUAUGUUCAAACUUUUAAGGUAAUUACUUGAUAUGUUACUUCAAAUGGAGAGAACUUGCAGACAUGAGAAAGCCAUGUAAAGUGUAAGUGCACAGAAAUGAUCCAGUAGCUUAAUUUUGAUUCA